CGCAUGCGUACAAAUGUAUGUCAGGGUCAUGACCCGUGCUGCAAGGUCGCUACUGUUUAGCUCACUGUCAGUCUGCAGACCUUCUUGGAAACACGCGUUACUAAAUCCAGGACUUCAUAAUGGAUUUUCAGACCUCAAAAGUGACAUCAGUGUUGCAGUAAAAAUGCAUCGGUCACAGUCGUCGUUUUUGAGGGCAUGCAGCGUCCAAGCUCUAGAAGACUACGACACGCCAAGAGCUCCAUUACUCCGUCAAGUGUCACUAGACGAGGAGCGUCGGGACGAGUGCCAGGGUCACUGGCGAGGGCCUGAACUGCAGGGAGAGGAAGAGGAGAGGGGAGUGAGGCUGUUCAGAGCUCUGCUGCUGCAGCACUUGAGACUGGAGAGGCUGAGGCCCCCGCCGUGUUUUGUGGCUCCGGCGAGACCUGAUCAGAGAGGAUGGUGGAUGUACUGGCGCGACUGGCGCUCCCUGGAGCGGGCGGCGCGAAGGUUCCGAGAGACGAAGGCGCGGGCCCGCCUGGCUGCAGAGGCAGAACACAUAUCCCUGCUAAGCCUCGAUGAGGUCGAGUUUGAGGAUAUCAUGCAGGAACUUUGUCAGGCUUGUGUCCACACAGAACAAAGAGCACUGGUAGUGCUAGCGUUCCUCUGCGAGGUGUGCGCUCGCGCAGUCAGAGUUGGGGGCUGGUGCAGAGCAGUGGAUUGGGCGGCCAAACACGUCGCUCAGUGCGCCACGCCCUGGGCCAUCAGGCACGGUGGAUGGAGUACAGUCGUAGAACGUGCAGGCGGCGCCCGUCGCGACGAGACGACACUACUUGCCGGCGCGGCGCUCGCUGCGUUACUGGCGUUCUUACUGUUCUGCCGCGCGCGCCUGCGCACUGCGCUUUUGUAAAACUACCCUACCACACUACAUGGGAUCAGUUGAUGCGCUUUAAGCGAAAAUAGACCGUCAUACAGGUAAUACAAGUCUCAGAAUUGACUGGCAUAAUAUUCCGGAUCUGAUUUAAGAAGAUACAGAUUCAAAUUGGAAUCAAGACAGGAGGUUGACGCAGUAUAAUUCCAUGGUCUGAAAUCUUUAAGGCCAGGGUAUGAAAGAUUGUCUUAAGAUUGUUUGUAUUUGAUAAGAAUUACGUACCUAGUACUUUAUAGUAAUAAGUCUAAAUGUGAUGUUUAGAAGUUUUUCGGCACAAUAUUGUUUUUAUUUUUGUAAUCGCCUUCUUUAAGGGUUAGAUUUUUUAAGAUUUCAUAGUUUUUGCUUGUUCUAUGUUGCUUCGUGGUCCGUCGUUAACCGUUAUUAUGUGAAUUCAAUGUUUUUAUUAAUAAUGUGAAUUAAAAAACUAUCUUUGGUGUUUUGACACCUAAAGAUAUUAAAACUUUUCAUCGCUUAUUUCUGUGUCAAAGUGUGUUAAUGUUUUAGUAAUGUACUCUGUGUUAGUUUAUUUAGAAAUACGUAUCGCUGUCCAAAUUAUAUGAAAAUUUCUUAAAUUAAAUAUCUAUUUGUAUAUGUAUUUACGGAGAUAUGAGAUCCUUAUUUAUAAAGUUAUCUAUACCUUUUGAAUAAGUCGUGCGAAGUAUUUGUGCCACAAAUUAGCUCAAAGCCAUGUUGAGUGAUUAAGUUUGUUCGAAAUUGUAUUUAUAUGUUUUUCUAACACAAACUUUAUGGAUAUAAUAAAUAUUUUGAUUGGA